AUGGUAAAAUCAUCAACCUUCUCAAGCUUCGUUUCCAAGUUCGAGGUUCAGCGCGAUCAAGAUGCUGAUGUCGAUAUCUACGUCAACAAGGAUACUCGUCUACUUCCCUCUUCAAGACGUCUCUAUGGCCUUUGGGAGUUUGUCGGCUUAUGGAUGGUCACCGGAUCAUUCAACGUCGGAGGUUGGACAACUGGCUCUGCCUUGAUCUCGCUCGGCCUUAAUGUCUGGCAAUCAAUGUUGGCCAUUGUAGUUGCGCACACUAUUGCUGGACUCCUCUGUGUCGCUGGAGGCCAUCCUGGUGCUAAAUGGCACAUCGGCUUUCCCUUAUGGAUGAAGCAGAACUGGGGUAUCUGGGGAUAUCUCUUCCCUAUGGCUAUUCGUGUUUUCUUAUCAUUUGUCUGGACAUCGACCAACGUCUGGUACGGCUGCCAAUGUCUAAAAGUCCUCCUUACCUGCAUCUGGCCUUCUUUCCGAGAUCUCAACACGGAGUUGGCGGGUGGAACCAUGCAGACAUGCGACAUAGUAUCUUUUGUUCUUUACCUCGUCCUCUGCGUACCCUUGGUGGCGCUCAGCCCUGAGAACUACCGAAAACCAUUUUUCAUCGCCUCAACCACUGUUGCAGCUACUGUGUUUGCUCUUCUUAUCUGGUCGACUGUCAGAGCUCAAGGUGGUGGUGCUUUGUUGGCUGAUGUGUCAGGCGUCUCCGGUAUCGCUCCAGCGAAAGGAGGACAGCUUGGAUGGGCGUUUGUCACUGCUGUAACUGCGAAUAUUGGUGGUAUCGCUACGCAUAUGUGGUCGCAGUCAGAUUACACGCGGUACGCUCGCAAGCCAGGUGACCAGAUAUUGGCUCAGCUCAUCAUGGUCCCCCUCGGCACUAUUGUCGUGGGCUGCAUUGGCAUCAUCUGCACAUCUUGUGCUGCAACUCUAUACCCCGAGAAUGAAAAGUUGCUUUGGCAGCCAUACGUCUUCCUCGAUACCAUCCGAGAACAGGAGAACAACCGCAGAGCCAGAGCAGGUAUCGCAUUUGCUAGCAUUGCCUUCAUGUUCUCCCAGUUUGGUAUGGUAGUUGCGUCUAACCUUGUUGUCGCUGGCAUUGACUUGGCCGCUCUUCUCCCACGAUGGUUCACUAUUCGGCGAGGAGCUUAUGCGACUCUUGCUUCUGCAUUCAUAAUGCAGCCCUGGUCACUCCUCAACAGUGCUACCAGCUUCUUGACCGUCGUCGGCAGUUUUAACGUCUUUCUCGGGCCACUGAUGGGCAUUAUGUUUGCCGAUUACUUCAUCCUUCGCAAGCGCACCAUUAAGCUCAGUGAGCUAUACUCCAGCUCACAAGAGAGUAUUUAUUGGUACAGAAAAGGCUGGAACUGGCGCGCUGCUAUAUCAUGGAUUCUUGGGGUCUGGUUCUUGCUUCCUGGACUUGCGCAGAGGGGGAUGGACCCCAGGGGUUUUUGGGGUGGCUGGACUCGGCUUUAUCAGAUUGGAUGGUUUGCGGGAUGUUUUGUUUCUGGAGCAAUCUUCCUCGGUCUGGAUUACUUCUGGCCUAUGCCUGAGAAGCUUGCAGUUGAUGAUGUGGACUACUUUGGCACUUUCGGCGAUGCUGAUGUUCUUCGGGAUGUUGAGGAGAAGGGUUCUUCAAGCUCACUGCAAGAUGAUAAGCGGAAAGUCGACGAAAAUGCCUCUGAAGCUUAG